AUAUUGACACGAUACUUGUACAGACUUCAUUACGAGAAAAUUGACCAAAAAGGGGUGUAUUGUUUUACCAGAUUCAAAUAAUUUUCCAAACUCAGGAACAUGGAGAAGAGUUUUAUAAUAACAAUAAUCGUGGGAUGUGUUAUAGCAUCGUUUAGCAAUGCCGUGCGUAAUGUUGGAAAAAUUCCGUUGAAUUCAGCAGCAUUUGCGAACCUUUAUGAGAAUCCAAAUGCACGGUCUCCGGGUGAAAAAUAUGACUUGCUUUUAUCAACAUUCUCCGGAAAUCCUUUCACCUCAGGUACGGUCAAUCUUUACCGAGGAAUCGGACAGCAAAUUAAAAACCUCGGGAGUGUUCGGAAGGAAGUUCUUGCCAAUAGAAUGUCCUGGCCAAAUGAAGUAGCUGGUGUUCCAGAAAGCGUCUUUGGAAAGCGCAUGGUGGCCAUUCCAGACGGCUUCCUUGUACCGUUUAAAGACGACGGGUACAUUUACCUGGUGGAUAUCUCUGGGAGCACCCCCCAGGGGCCGUACAAACUGACUGACCACACGGAGGGUAAGUGGUUCUACCACCGCGUGGUGUGGAAGGAUAUGGACGGGGACGGGGAUCUGGACAUACUCACCUGUCGGGCCAGGGAACCGGUCUUCUCCAUCUUCUCCACAAAAGACACGGAACUACUUUGGUUAGAAAAUCCUGACACGCACCAAUACAGAUCACCAUGGAAACAACACGUCAUUACUCACGGACCCGACGUCUACUUCAGGAAUCUGAAAGUAAAUACGACUGAUGGAGUAUAUGACGUCAUCGUCACGACAGAAUUUUUUGCAAAAAAGCUGAGCGUUCAUUGGACCACUGAUAGCAUGAACAGAUGGAACGACUUAUCAAAGGUACAUUCUAGAACAGUAGAUACUACAGCCGGGGCUCUGUUUGACGUAGAAAUUAAUGACGUCAAUGGUGAUGGACGAGAGGAUCUCCUCGUGGUAUCCAAUGGCAUGAACGGAAGUGUACUGGUUUACGAAAUUCCCAGCGAUUUCCGAACAGGCAACUUUCCGAGGCACACGAUAGCGACCAACUUUGUCCCUCGGUCGACGGGUCAAGGAAAGGGAGCCCCAGGGUCAGCGUUCUGUAUCCGAUCUCGGUCCUCCGACAGAAGUUCUCGUCCCAUGAUCCUUGUGUCUGGAGACGACGAUGGACGGGCCUACUUCCUGGAACCCAACAGUAACUCGACCAAAGACUGGUCCUACACCAAAAACGUGUUUCACGACGCCGGAAGCGGAACUGUAGGACAAAUUGCGUACGCAGACGUCGACGGAGACGAUUUUGUUGACCUCUUUGUUCCUAACUUUAAUCUAAAUGAUAUAUCAAUUUAUACAUUUGCGCCUUCUGAACAAAUCCCCUUUGGUUAUUAGUACUAUUCUGUGAUGUAACGUUUCGUAAGAAUUUUAUUUUGGUGUCAUUCCAUGUUUAGUGUCCAGUACUUGUACUGAUAAGAAACAUCGUGAUAGUCAAAUUCUUCAGUACAUGUAUGAGGAAAAUUCCACUUGAAAAACAUUACAUGAACUCAUUUUAUGUUGUUGUUUUGUUUUAAAUACAUGUUACUUAUAAAUACAUGUUGUACUAUAUGUAUGGUAUGAACUCAUUUGUUUAACCCAAUUAAAACAUAUGUGCAACUUCUA